ACACUGUCUUUGGCAGGAGAAAAACCAAACUCGGGGGAACAAGAGACAUCCAAACCAGCAAGACGACACCUCUGCUCCCAGAUUGGAAAGAGUUUUACCAAGUUAGGAAGCCUGAAAGCUCAUGAGCGAAUACACUCAGGGGAGAAGCCUUACCACUGCUACCAGUGUGGAACUAGGUUUACCAAGUUAGGAAGCCUGAAAAGACAUGAGAGGAUACACACCGAAGCGAAGCCUUUCCAUUGCACCCUGUGUGGAACGAGUUUUAACCUUUUAGGAAAUCUGAAAAGACACGAGAGAAUACAUACAGGGGAAAAGCCUUUCCAUUGCGCCCAGUGUGGAAAGCGUUUUAGCUUGUUAGGGAACCUGCAAUCUCAUGAGCGAAUACACACAGGGGAGAAGCCAUACCACUGCAUCCAGUGUGGAAAGGGAUUUAGCCACUUAGGAAGCCUGAAAGCUCAUGAGCGAAUACACACAGGGGAGAAGCCUUUCCAUUGCACCCAUUGUGGAAAGAGUUUUAGCCAGUUAGUUAACAUGAAAAGACAUCAGCGGAUACACACGGGAGCAAAGCCACACCAUUGCUCCCAGUGUGGAAAGAGGUUUAGCCAGCCAGGAAAGCUGAAAGCUCAUGAGCGAAUACGAACAGGGGAGAAGCCUUUCCAUUGCUCCAAGUGUGGAAAGAGUUUUAUGCGGUUAGACACCCUCAAAACUCAUGAGCGAAUACACACGGGGGAGAAGCCAUACCAUUGUGCCCAGUGUGGUGAGAGUUUUAGCCAGUCAGGAAUCCUGAAAGCUCAUGAGCGAACACACACAGGUGAGAAGCCUUUCCAUUGCUCCCAGUGUGCAAAGCGUUUUACCCAUUUAGGAAAUCUGAAAGAACAUGUGAGACUGCACACAGGGGAGAAAUCUUACAAGUGCUCAGACUGUGGGAAAACAUAUUGCUCAUCACAGUCACUUAAACGUCAUGUGAGAAUCCACACAGGAGAAAAUAAUUACUUAUCCUAGUGUGUAAAUUGAUAUUUCACAUCACAUUGACUUAAAAUUCAUCAGAGAACAUACACAGUGCUCCCAUUGUCUUAUAUUGUUGACUGAGAAUGGGUUUACUUGUUUAUACCAUAUGAAAUUAAAUUAAUAAUUGUACCAAGUAUACUCAAACAUAUAUUUGUAUGUUUUUAUUAGAAAACAUUAAUUGAAUAUGGAGUUGUCAGUUUCAAUGUAGGAUAGAUCAGGUUCCAUGUGUUUAAAUUGUCAUUUUUUAAACUUUGUGUGUGUUUAUCUGGGUGUCAUUCCUCCAGCACCACAGAUUAAUUAACAAGUGAUAUUUGGAUGUGAUGCAUUUGUUCCAUUGUUGACAUUUGCAUUGUAGCCCACUGAUGAUUUAAUGAAAUGAAAAUGUUCAGACUCUGUAAUGGAAAAUGUUAAUUGUUUGUGUGUCCACAUAACUGAGUAUGUGACUAACCUUGUGAAACUGUCCUAUUAUAAUCUCCUGUUCUUGGGAGUAUCAUCCUGUGUUGCAAACCAAUUUGCACCUGUGUCCUUGUAUGAAUAAAGUCCCGCCCAGGAACAGGAAACUAUAAAGAUAUGUGCUAAUCACUCAAUGCUUCAGGAAUUCAGGCUGUCUACACUGCGCUGUGUAACUGUUAUUCUCUCUGAGCUCAGAAAUAAAGAAUCUUGGUU